GAUACGCGUUCUUAUGUUUGUUGGUAUUAUUAGUUUAUUACAUUUGUUUUUUGUUAAAUACACUACACGGUUACUUUGUGGUUAAGCAAGUGCUGCAUUUCCGCCAAACGCCGUAGUCUCAGAAGAUCUCAAUAGCAAAGCAGCGGGCCUAGGCAGUUAAACAAAGUUUUUGUCAAGCAGUUGCCGUCUUUUUGCUUCCCCUCGCGCCCACCAACGCCAUAUCCAACGCUUCGGAAUCUCGUCUCUGUUUGUGGUUUGUAUUUGCGCGCGCGGGUAGAAAAAAUUGCAUCAUUAGCCGUGUGAAUAUAGUUUGGUCGUCUAGCAACGAAAAUGUCCGAAACAAAGGACACAGACCCAAAGGAAAUGGGUCCAGCGACUCCAAUGCACUAUAUAACGCAGCUCCUCUCGCAAAUCUACCUAUCCAUAAACGGUCCCCAGCAUGCCGAGGAACACGAUCUUCUGGUGAACAACGCCUUGGAUAGGAUAUUGGAGAUGCCCAACUCGUUGAACGAGUCUGGGCGGAUCCUGAGCGAGGAUGAUUGUGUGAUUAAAAUUAUGCGCACGCUCAACUCGAAGCCAAGUCCGAAUGGCAACAGAGAGGAGCUGCCCGGGAAUGUGUUCCUGAAAACAUACACCCAGUUCCUGAAGCUAAAGACGGAUGAGAAGCGACGCGAAGCCGUGAUGAACUUCCUGCUGGACAUUCUGGAGUCGUCGUACCUGCAUCCCACGACUAUGAAGCCCAAUCGCAAGGUUGGGCUACCGCUGGUGCCUGACCUCAAGUUACCCAGCACCGAUGAGAGGCAGGAAGAUCCACGUUACAUGAUGUCCGGUGGCCAACGCGGGGGCCCUGAGGCCACGGAUAACCUUAAAGAGGUGCUUUCUGAGCGAUUGACUGGUAGCUAUGCCCAUAGCCAGCAACAGCAGCAGAAGGAGCAGGACCAGCAGCAGCAACAGCAAGAGAAUGGUGCAUCCUAUAGCUAUGAUCCCAAUCUGUCAAGUGCUGGCUUGGGGCAGGAUCAAAUGCCCAACUACACGGAGGACUUGCAAAGCGAAAAGUAUGUGGAUGAAAGCUUGGACAUGGUCACGAAUGCCCUUUUCUCGUUUACGGGCAUUCAAGGCAAAUAUCUGCGAAAGGAUGUCAUCACGGGGCGCUUCAAGCUCGACACGACAAACAUUAAAUUGCUGACGACGGGCGAUGCUGGCCUCAUGCUGCGCCUCUCCGAGCUGGGCUACUAUCACGACCGUGUGACCGAAUAUGCAGAUCCCUCGAAGGGUUUCAGCGCCCUGGGCUGCAUGGGUCAGGCGCUGACAUGCUUUCUGCGCAAGGAGCUUGGGGACUAUCAUGGCGAGGUGUCGCUGCUGCACGAUCAGGUGAAUGCGUUCAAGAAGGCCCAAAGGAAGAGCAGCUUUAGCCCUCGCGAAGCGGAGUGGCAAGACGGGCAGCAGGAGCAGGUGACGCUAUUCAAGCUGCUGGCGUGGUACAUAAAGCCCCUGCAUCGUAUGCAAUGGCUGACCAAGAUCGCUCAUGCCUGCAUGAUGAAAAAGGGCGGCGAACUGAUAUCCGUUGUGUGGGAGUUCUUGGAUAAUGGCAAUCCAGCGGUGGAUAAACUCGCCAAUGAUCUGCUCGCGGCCAUGUGUCGACCGCUGGCGCGCAUGAUCUCCCAAUGGAUGCUCGAGGGCAACAUCACGGACAUACACAGCGAGUUCUUUGUGGAGGCGCUGACCGAUGUGGGGCCCGAUCGCCUGUGGCAUGACAAGUUUCGUUUGCGCAUUCCCAUGCUGCCGAAAUUUAUUUGCCAAGAGCUGGCCGACAAGAUCCUGCGCACCGGCAAGAGCAUUAAUUUUCUGCGAGAAGUGUGCGAAAAGAAUGAUUUGGUCAAUGACCAAGGAGAGCUCAAGAAGAUCAUGGAAUCGAAUGCUGGCGACAUUUUCUCCUACACACAGGACACGAAAUGGCAUGCCGCCAUAGAGAUCUGCUAUCAGACCACCUCCAAGAGUGUCCUCGACUACAUGGUGGGUCCCCACAAGCUCCUGGAUCAUCUGCAAUGCAUGCGACGAUACUUACUGCUCGGACAGGGUGACUUUGUCAGCGUCUUCAUCGAGCACAUGAAAGAUGAACUGGAGAAGCCAGGCACCGAAAUCUUUGCCCAUGAUCUUUCGGCCAUGCUGGAAACGUCCCUGCGCUGCACCAAUGCGCAGUACGAUGAUCCAGAGAUCUUAAACCAUUUGGAUGUGGUCGCACAGAAACCGCUAAUGGGCGACAAGGGCUGGGACAUUGUGUCGCUGCAGUAUGUGGUCCAGGGUCCGCUGGCCACCAUGCUGGAGCCGACCAUGUGCACGUACAAGGCGCUCUUUAAGCCAUUGUGGCGCAUCAAGCACAUGGAGUUUGUGCUGUCGACAAAGAUUUGGAAAGAGCAGAUGACCAAUGGCAAGAAAUUACGCAAAAUGAGUGCUGAAAUAAGCAGGGCGUCGUACCGGCUUCACCUCUUCACGUCCGAGAUUAUGCAUUUCAUCCAUCAAAUGCAGUACUACGUCCUGUUUGAGGUCAUCGAAUGCAAUUGGGUGAAUCUGCAGGGGCAUAUGUAUCACGCGACCGGACUGGAUGAGAUACUUAAUGCCCAUGAGUCAUUCCUCGAUGACAUUACCGUGGGAUGUUUCAUUAAUUCCACGGCCGACAAGGAACGGCACCUGGAGACCGUGUUCGAGAACAUCAUCGCCCUGGAAAUCUGGCAGGCCAGCUUCUACAAAGAAUGCUUUAAAGAGCAAAGUGCCCGCGAGGAAUUGGAGAAGAAGAUUGCCGAAUCCGAGAGGGAGGGCCGCUUUGGCCUGACCACUGAAGAGAAAAUGGAACGGGACCAGGAGCGGAAGAUGUUCGAGCAGAAGGUGAUUAUCGCCUGUCGCGGCCUCGAAGGCAUUUCCUGUUCCUACGAGAAGGCUGUGAGUGGCUUUAUGAUGGGCCUCAACAGCAGCGAUGAUCCCCAACUGCAGCUCUUCGGCACACGGCUCGACUUCAAUGAGUUCUACAAGAAGCGCGACAAAAAUCUCAGCAAGCCCCUCACCUUCGAGCAUUUGCGAAUGAGCAAUGUGUACAAUAGUAAUAAGAACAAUGCAAUCGGUAGUCGAUUCGUGAUCAAUUCCCAAGCAUCAUCCUCCUCAUCGCCCGCAAUGUAACAUUUAUUUUCCGAUCGCUUGUCGCGUUCAAUCAUAAUCCAUCAGCCAUAUCCAUGUGCCAAUAGGAACAACAACAACUGCAGCAGCAGCAAAAAUGCUGGCAACGAGGAGGACAUUUUCCAUAUGAACUGUCACAUAAGACCUGGGGGCUCAUGUAGUUGCGGAAUAUUAUAGAUGGUUCUCACAGUUCUGCGAAAUGUGAUCUGUGAGAGCACCACAUCGAUAGCAGCUGGCACAAUCUCCACAGAAUUUUAGUCUAAUUUGGUUGCUAUAAGCGAGAAUCGAGUUGAAGUAUUAAAGUGAACUUUUUUUUUUUUU